AUGUUGUCGUUGGAGCAAUUGUCACAAAUGGUGAAGGAACACCUCGGACUGUGCGACUACAUCGACGGCACACAAUAUACAUGUAAAUGGGCCAUCAACGAAUCGCCCUUAAGUGGCCGUGGCCUUAUCGCCACCGAAGAUAUAAUGCCUGGAGAAGUGUUGUUCGUGGACCGGCCUCUCAUCUAUGGACCGCGAGCUAGUUCCACCGUGGAGCAAGGAUGUACGGUGUGCGCUAAGUUAAACAGUGAUACAUUUUACCAGUGUUCAAAGUGCUCAUUGUUAUUGUGCUCAGAACAGUGUCAGAAUAAUGACGUUCAUGUUAAGGACUGUACGAUCAUUUCUCGUUGGAACCUCAAGAAACCAAUCGAGGAUGCCGAUGGCAGCAUACUAUCUCGUGCAUUAACUCCAAUAAGGGCUCUUAUGUUAAACAAUGAUCAAAAAUUAUUCAUGAGUUGCAUGCAAGCUCACAGUUUACCACAACACGGACAAGAAGUUCGUAAUUUAAAACAAUACUAUGAGAUUCCCGAAGAGGAAGAACAGCUUAUGAUAGCAGCGUGUUGUGCUCUAGACACUAAUGCGUUCCAAAUAGCCACUCCGUACGGUAAAAAGGAAAUGAGCAUGCGCGGAUUGUAUCCUGUGUCAGGAUUGAUGAAUCACAAUUGCGUACCAAACACGAGAUACUACUUCAACAGUGACCUACAAAUGACGGUUAAAGCUGUGAAGCCUAUACAAGCGGGAGCUGAGAUAUUUUCAUGUUACACUGGCAUUUUGUGGGGGACGCCGGCUCGCCGAGUAUACCUGUAUAAAACAAAACACUUUCUGUGUAAAUGUGAUCGCUGUUCUGAUCCUACCGAACGAGGUACUCUCCUCGGUGCUCUGAAAUGUUUCUCAAGUGAGUGUCAUGGAUACUUACUACCGAUAGACCCUCUUAGAACAUCAAGCGCUUGGCGUUGCUUGCAGUGUGAAAUGCGAGUACCCAAUGAAAAUAUUUGUGCUAUACAGGGGGCUCUCGGGAGUCUCAUGGGGACUUUGAACUUUGAGAAAGUGGAAGAUUUGGAAAGCUUUUUGGUUGAUAGAAUAAUAAAAUAUAUCCCGAAAACAAAUCAAAUCGUGAUCGAUCUACAGUGUCGUCUGAUAACGGCGUUUGGGGAAGUCGAGGGCUAUCGCUGGCACGGUGAGUAG